AUGCUCCGGCGAAGUUUCUGUCUUAUUUCACGUCGUUUUGCCACCGCGUCUCCAGAAUCGACGAAACAGCCGGCUGUCAAAGUUUUGAAACCAGUCAAACUGGUACCCAAGUCUAUCAACCAGUACUUAUUUGGUCAAGAAGUCAGUUCGGGAUCUGAUGCUGAAGAUUCUGUGUUUGAGAAGCUACAAUUGCCUCCUUUGGAUGGCACGGUGAUGAACCACUUCCAGAACGUAGCCGAGAACAUUUUUUUACCGUACAACAAGCUACUGGAAAGAGCGUCAAGCUUGGGGAUUCCUCAGAAGCCAAAACAAUGGGAAUAUGUAGCUGGGUGGACUAAAUACACAGAAGAUGGACUAGCAGUUGCUGUCUCGGCUCCAGAUUCCGACCUUCUGUUCUUUGAUGUUGAAGUGUGUGUGCAAGAGGGACACCUGCCUACAUUGGCUGUAGCCAUGAGUGAGACAAACUGGUACUCAUGGUGCAGUGAGAGAUUGGUUCACGACACUCCUGUUCCAGAACUAAUAAGAUUGGAGCAUCUGAUACCUUUGGAAGGUGACAAUAGGGCUGCCAGACUGGUUAUUGGACAUAAUGUGGGUUACGAUAGAACACGAGUCGCAGAACAAUAUCAAAUUCAGGUAAUUUUACGAUUUCAAAGGCUAUUUUUAUUUACUGUUGCUUUAAAAAUGCAAAAUUUAAAAUUCAAAAUAGUGAUUUUAGGAAUCAAACGUCAAGUUUUGGGAUACGAUGUCAAUGAAUACAGUAAUCCAAGGAAUGGCGGACCAUCAGCGGCUUUUGUACGAAAAGAAAGACAUAUCCGACGAACAUCAGGUAUAUUUACAUUUUGUUUGUUACCAUUUUGCUUCAUAACUUUACAUUUUACAACAUUUUCCUAUAGGUACCUUGGUUGUCAUACUGGAAGCGUCGGGUGUGCAAGAACUCAUUGGAAGAUGUAUAUUCCAAGUUUUACCCAGAACGUAGUGGGAGUCUGGACAAGACAUAUCAGUCUGUUUUCGUGACAGAACCUAUGGAAGUGAUAAGGGAGAACUUCCAGGUCCUCACCGAUUACUGUGCUGGAGAUGUGCAGGCCUGUGUGGAAGUGUAUGCCAAACUCUACCCUAUGUUCAAAGAGAGAUUCCCCAGUCCUGUAACUUACAUGGCGAUGCUGAUAGUGGCUGACGCUUAUCUGCCUGUGACCUCGAACUGGAGGAGGUUCUUUGACAAAUGUCAGCAGGAUUCUGGAGAGGUCAACAAUACUUCUGUGAAGGCGGUUCUCAAGUCGGCUACAGCGUUGGUAGAUGAACUAGAAAAGGACAAAUUGUAAGUGUUGCUUCAUCACAAAAUGAAUUUUUGACAUAACAUGUUAUAAACUAUCAAAUGUGUAUACAUGUUGUUGUAGAUACGAAGAAGACCCGUGGCUGUGGGUGAAUGAUUGGAAGCACAAGUUCAAGACCAUUGACAAACCAGCAUGGUACGUGAACUUGUUUUCGAAGAAGAGUUACUUAGAGAGCAACAUAGAUACUCUUCGAAGUGAACAUGUCAAGUUGAAGGGGACAGAUGUCCCCAGGAUCUUCGGAUUGUGCUACGGACCUUAUCCAUUGUUUUACAAACGGGACUUUGGAUGGGGAUAUCUGGUACCAGAUUCCGGUAAGAUUUUUUACUGAUAUGUUGUGUCCAAAAAGCUUUUAUUGAUCUUAUUACAUUGCAUCUGCUAGGUGUUAGUUGAUAUUACCCUUUCGACUUAUGGUUUGAUUUUUUAAAGUCGAUUUAAGAUGAAAUGCCGGAUUCUGUCGAAGUAAUGGUACAAAGACAAGAAGUAGUUAAUUUUCCAGCCAGGUAAUCUUGGUUUUUAAUAUUUAAAUGUUAUAUGAGUUUGCUUUUAAGCUUUAAAACAUAAUAAAUAUGAAAUUUGAACUUAAUUACGCCGAAUUAAUAUCUUUAGGAAAAUAGCAGAACUGGUCAAAAAGAAUCAAGAAGAAGGAUACCCAGAUGUCAACGUGCCUCUCCGUGCUGAUGCUACCGUUGCUGGUUUCAAUUUUCACCGUCUCCCGCAUCCGGUAAGGUAUAACAAUAUUAUUACCUCAUUUUAAUGUGGUAUUUUACGUUUUAACUUUCAAAUUUAUUUUACAAUAUUACAGAAAGGCGAUGGUCAAAAUGUGGGAAACCCCUUCAACAAAGACUACAUCAACAGCUUCUUCAAGGAAGGAAUAAUUCGUCCAACAAGGUUCGAAAAAGAAUGUCACGACUUCAUUGAAGCUGGCUCCGUCACGCGCUUCUGGGGAAACUACCGUGAGCGCUACAAUGAACAGGUUACAUGCUGGCUGGAUGAAGAAUGUGAAGUUGGGGCAAUUGCACCAGCCAUCAUACCAUCAGGCACCAUAACAAGAAGGGCCGUCCACAAGCUAUGGCUGACUUCGGCCAAUGCCAAAGAAGGAAUGCUGGGCUCUGAUCUGAAGUCGAUGGUGCAGUGUAGCCAAGGCUGGAACUUGGUGGGUGCAGAUGUGGAUUCCCAAGAACAGUGGCUAGCAGCUUUGUUUGGAGAUGUGCUACAUGGCGAGUUCAAAGCAGGCUCCACAGCCUUCAGCAACAUGCAGCUGGCUGGCUCCAAAUCAGAUGGAACCGACUUGCAUACUGUAGUUGCUGAAUCUGUGGGGAUCAGUCGUAACAAUGCAAAGGUGUUAAACUACGCUCGCUUGUAUGGAUCCGGAGCCAACCACGCUGUAGACUUCUUGGUACAGAAGGGAAUUGGAAGAGACGAAGCCAGAGAAACCGCGAUCAAGUUGUUUGACACUACGAAAGGAGUGGCUGGACGGUAAGGUCAACUCUCAAUUUUAAUACUCUUUUAGGUAUCGCGAACUACAAAAAUAUCUGAUUCCUUACUUCGAGCACUUCGUUAAUCAAAUCUGCCCUAAGGAGUUCUCUGAUACUCACCUGGUUCUUGGCAAACGGUACUUUCUUCCUGUUGGGAAUGCAGUCACAAGGUAACGUUGUCAUUUUACUUGGUUCGACAGUUUGUAUGGUGCUUGAAUAGGAUUAAGUUUCCAGGAUCCAAAGCAGUAUCUUCGAAGAUUGGUUGCGACACAAUAUGUCGGCAGAACUGGAGACAAUGGGGGUGGAACUGGAUGGAAAAAACUUUCUCAACACUGUAUAUGUCAAUUACCCUACUUCGUACACGCUCUACAAAGACGGUUUGUAAGUUCUAUACCUUUUCUACUGUAUAUUAAUGUUGUCAAUCCUAAAAAUAGUACUUUAGCGAGUCAGAGACGUUCAACUUCCUUGAGAUUGAAGCCCAGAAUCCGGAGCCACGAACUCCAGUCUUGGAAUGUCGCCUGACACAAGCUCUGGAGCCCUUACCUCACACCGUGCCGUGCUACGACGACUUCCAGAUGAAGUACAAGAGAACCAAGAUCAACUGGGUCGUUCAGUCCAGUGCCGUCGACUUCCUGCACUUGUUAUUGGUCAGUAUGCGAUGGUUAUGCCAGAAAUACGGGAUAAACGCACGGUUUGUCAUAUCAAUCCACGAUGAGGUUCGUAUACAUUGUUAGUUUACAUAGGAUUCACUUUAACCAUGAUGUAUUAUUUCAAUUUUUAGAUCCGGUUUCUCGUUAAGGAAGAAGAUAAGUAUCGAUGUGCACUAGCCUUGUCUUUGUCCAAUUUUUUGGUCCGAGGAGCCAUCAUGGAGAAGAUGAACAUAAAGGAAAUGCCAUUCGUGAGUCGCUUGUGAUUAACUUUCUGAUAUAAUUCUAAUGCCAAACAUAAUUGAAAGUCAAACUACAAAAAUCUACAUUAAUAUAUAGAAUGUUACCUAAAAUUGUUUCAGUCGAUUGCAUUCUUCAGCCAAGUUGACAUAGACACAGUGCUUCGGAAAGAAGUGGAUACACAAUGUACAUUACCUGAUGGUACUCAGGUACCUAACGGCGAAGCUCUAACGAUUACUCAGAUUUUAGAAAAAACAAACGGGUCUCUCACUAAACAAUAG